UGGGAACAAUAAAAUGGGGGUUCUUCACGCCAGCUCAUUACUUCCAUUCCUUUAACAUCUCUUAUAUAGCAAUGGUAAUUUCAGCUACUGCCAUUAAUUGAUAGUUCAAUUACAUUUGAACAACUGCCUCAGGCUUAUGAAAAAGUGCAAAACCGCCAUUUACACGGAAACGUGGUAAUAACUGUGUCUUAAACGCAUUUUGAUUGGAGAGAUGUAUAAAUAAAAUUAUAGUUUAUAAAACUAAAACCUCGCUAUUAUAAUUUCCAUUCGUAUUGUCAUCAGUAGUGCGAUACCCAUUUUUCUUAACGACAAAAUUCGUAUCGUUAGCUAACGAUUCCGACAAGUUUCGUUAAUUGCAAUUCUCAAGCACACUUUUAGCGAAAAUUGUCGAUAGCUUUGACAGUUGUCUAACGAAAUUUGCCGAUAGCCUAGCUACGAAUAUUUUGUCGUUGAAAAGCCUAACGAUAAAAUUGGUUUAAGUUUUUAUUGAGAAAAAUUAGGCAAAAUUCAUCGGUAGGCAAACUAUUAUAAUAAAAAAUAACUAAUAAAUAAACAUUUAUCACAUAUAGAUAUGCUUAUUAUUAUUAUUUUUAUUUAUUACACUGAAAGUUGAAAACUUAGGCAAAGGUUUUGAUAGUUGAUCUCACUUAAUUGGGGCACUCUAAAUUCAGUGGCUUCCCCCGUUUUGUCAGAUUGGCUCCAGUGUUCUAGAUAACGACACUUGAACAUUUGCUCCAAUUUUAACUUGUUUGUUAAUAACUCAGUUUUUGUGUUGUUUUAAUAAAAUUUUUAACAUGACUGAUUUUUAUAGUGAAGGUUAUUUUAAAAAAUAGUCACGCGAUAAAGUUUAGUAAAAUGACUUUAACGGACUUUGUCGGAGUUAUUAAAAAAAAACUUGAAAAUUUAUACAAAUUUUCAAGUACUGUUACCUCGAAAACUAGAGCCACAGCUGAAUUUUUAGACGUGGAAAGCAUAACGUGAAAAUGAUGUGUUUGUUGUAAUUCAUACUGUAAUUGUGCGUAUAAUUUUUUACUUAUAUACGGCUAACACCACAUUAUUAAAUUCGCCUUGCACGAGGCCCUUAUUGCAAAAUAAAAAGUCCAGCAUCCUAUGGUACUGUUCCGUAGUAGCUUUUGCGCUUUUGUUUUUUUUCAUAUUGUAUUCACAAACAACAAUAUCGACAACAAUAAUACGCGCAACAAUAAAAUGUUUCUUUUAAAUAUUGAGUGUCAAACGUCAAUAUUGCCAUAUUUGUCUUUGUAAUUAACGACAAUCCUCGUAAACUUCUUUAUCGACAUGUCUAACGAAUUCUGUCGUUAACAGGUCUAUUCUGCGCUGGUAAUAAAAAGUUUGUAACCGGUAAAUAAAGAUCCUGUAAAUUUUUAAACCCUUUUCGCAUUCUGUAUACUCUUGUAACCGGUAAAUUUUGUUACCAUCUCAUAAGCUGGAGGACUGGUGAUGAUGUUCUCUAUCUUAAUCAUCACACUGCGGAAUGUCUCCAUCCUGGCGCUUUUUCUUUAAAAACCUUUAUUAGGAGUCGUUAGUCGCUCCCAGCAGCACCCACUACUUGGAUCCGCGGGACAGUUGAACACCCAUUCGAUUUUAUUCUUACGACAGCUCACGACCGAUUGCUUGGAAAUCGAACAUCCUCUCCGACUCCUUCAUCUCUCUCUGUGCUCCAACAAAGUUAGUGCCAUUAUCGCUUCGAAUGCGUAUGGGCACUCCACGACGAUUAACGAAAUUUCGAAGACAUAUGAGAAACGCAUAUGUGGAAAGACUUUCAGCUAACUCUAGGUGCACUGCUCGAGUCGUCAAGCAUGUAAACAAUGCAAUCCAUCGCUUUUCUCUUCUGCGCCCGAUAGCGAUGUAGAACGGACCGCAGUAGUAAACUCUGCUGUAUGUGUAGGGUCGGACGGAAGGCGUUAGACGGUCUUUGGGUAGCUGGCCCCCUCCGCCCCCACCCCUAAAUCGUUGUACAAAUAGCUAAAGAUUUCCCAAAUUAAAUAUAACUAGGUAGCAUUUCUUCAAAUUUGAUUUGUUAUUAAAAAAGGUGGAUAUGGGUCGAAAAUUCUCAAUAAGCUACGAUGUAAAAUUUCCAAUGCGAUUGAAUUUCCUUUAAUUCUCGGACGUGAAUUUUGUGGUGAAGUUAUACAAUGCGGAAUGGCAGUUAAUAAGAAGGCAUCUUUGGGCGACCGAGUAUGGGGCGUUGUGCCAUUGGAGAAAAAUGGAUCACACGCCCAAUACGUUGUUGUACCAGAUUAUUGUAUAUCUCCUGCUCCUCAGAGCUUAUCAAAUGAACAAGUUGCAUCUGUUCUUUAUGCCGGACUUACCGCAUGGUCGGGUCUUUACAUUACUGGUCGUAUAGGGGGCUUUUGUGAUUCACUAUCCAGUGCCGGUGGAAGAGCAAGAAAACGAAUCUUAGUGAUAGGCGGUUCUGGUAGUGUUGGGUCUCUGGCGAUACAAAUACUAAAGUCUCAAAAGGCAACUGUAUUCGCGACUUGCAGUAAAGAAGCGUUCGAGCUUGUAAGAAAUCUAGGUGCUGAUUUCGUAGUCGACUAUAAAAAUACCGAAGAGCUCGAAGCUUUGCAUCGUCAUGCACCGUUCGAUAUUGUAUUAGAUUGUGCAGGUCAAGGGACAGAGCACGCUACCCACAUCAAAUUUAAGUUUGGACAAUAUAUAACGUUUUCUUCUCCUUUGGUACGGAAUAUGGAUGACUUUGGUGUUGCAUUGGGAAUGAUCAAAAACAUUACGGAGGUGGUCGAAUCGAAUUCAAAAACGUUAUAUGCGAAAGUGGGAACAAUAAAAUGGGGGUUCUUCACGCCAGCUCCUCAAGGAAUGGAAAUGCUUUCCAAAUUGGUAGAGAGAAAUAAGCUACUGCCAUUAAUUGAUAGUUCAUUUACAUUUGAACAACUGCCUCAGGCUUAUGAAAAAGUACAACACGGCCAUUUACGCGGAAAGGUGGUAAUAACUGUGUCUUAAACGCAUUUUGAUUGGAGAGAUGUAUAAAUAAAAUUAUAGUUUAUAAAACUAAAA